AUGGACAACCGCGAGUCUGACCCAGUGGUGCUUGUCGAGCACCCUAUCCCCUCGGUUGUAAGAAUCACUCUGAACCGGCCAAAGUCGUUGAACGCCUUGAAUGCUCCUUUACUCUCUUCUUUUGUCGAAGCACUCCGAGCCAAUGUCAGUGCCCGCGUCAUCAUUCUCGAGGGACAAGGUGACCGGUCAUUCUGUGCCGGCGAAGACCUCAAGCAGUCUCUGGCACCAAAAACAGGCUCGGCCGAGGAGCUGAAGCAGGCGUUUGACCAGCUGCAAGACAUUACUCGUCUUACAUCAUCCUCUCAGUCCAUCGUUAUUGCUGCCGUCCAGGGCUUCGCCAUCGGCGGCGGUGCAGAGAUUGCGCUAGCAGCAGACUUCGUCAUCGGUGGGCCCGGAGCCAAGUUUCGCUUUCCAGAAAUCUCACUAGGCCACGCUGUUACUGGAGGCAUCACCCUUCGCUUGCCCCAUAUGGUGGGACUGUUGAAAGCUAAGGAAUUGCUCCUAACUGGCCGCUGGGUGGAUGCUGAUGAAGCCCUCAAGCUUGGUCUCCUGACAGAGAUCAGCCAUGAUCCUAAAGUGCGCGCAUUAGAGCUUGCUAGGCAACUCUCCGAGCUUCCGAGCGUCUCACUGGCAUCCUCCAAAGCAUCUCUAGAGAGGACGCUUUUCGAUAACAUGGAAUCAUGCUUGAAGGAUGAGGUGAGCGUGGCCAGUCACUGCUUCGCCCAGAGUGAUGCAGCGUUGGGCUAUGCCAACUUUGCGGCUCGGAAGGUCCCUACAGCACGGCUAGGUCAUGAUGCCAAAGAUGUUGCAAAGGGCGAUAUUCGAGACCUUAAUGCGGCACUAUCUGUUUCUGCCGUCAAUUACCCGAAAAGACCAUUCUUUCGCUUUGGAGGUCAAGAGGUCACUUUCCAACAGUUCGAUACAGCGGUCGGGGCUCUCGCUGGUGGACUGAGAAAGGUUGGGAUUACCCCAGACGAUAGAGUUCUGGUCAUGAUGAGAAACAGCGUGGAAAUGGCGUAUUCAUGGAUGGCCGUUAAUCGACUGGGAGCGAUUUGGGUACCAAUCAAUCCUGAGCUCAAGUCUGUCACGCUCAAAGGUGUGAUCACAUCCGCUCAGCCCAAGUUGGCCAUCGCCGAUGAAGCACUGUUGCCUGAAUUCCAACAGACUCAUGUGGUUGACAAUGCUUCCGUCUUUGUUAACAGUUCGGAUGGGACUGGUCCUCAGAGCUUGUCCAAUUUGAUGAGCUUGGCUCCACCUGUUACCGAGCCAGUAAUCGUCACUCCCGCAACAACAUCAGCUUUGCUGUAUACCAGCGGCACCACUGGGAAGUCUAAGGCAUGCGUUCUCUCACAUGAGUACUUUCUUCUCCAGGGCAAGGCAUUGAUCGAAAGCUGCGAACUGCGUGAUAGUGAUGUACUUUACUGCCCUUUCCCCUUGUUCCAUUUGGAUGCCACAGCAUUGACCAUGGUACCCGCCCUCUUGCUCGGCGCCGUUGCUGCAUUAUCUGUUCGAUUCAGUGCCAGCAAGUUCUGGGACGAGAUCCGAGCCACAGAGGCCACUGUCUAUAAUUACAUGGGAGCUACGUUGGCAAUCACGUACAAGCAACAUCCCAAUGAGAGAGACCGUGACCACAACGUUCGUCUUACUUGGGGUGUACCUCUGCCGAACUUCGCGCAAGAGUAUGAGCAGAGGUUUGGCCAUUCAUUAAUCACUUUAUACGGAAGUGUCGAGUCCGGCGUUCCUGUUUUCCAAGUACCUGGGGUUCCUUCUCCGCAAGGAUCCUGUGGGCGUGUGCGUACAGGAUACCAAAUACGUAUCAUCAACGAGUGGGGUGACGAGGUUCCAGCCAACACUCCCGGCCAUCUUCUGAUCCGCAGCGACCAUCCCAACGCUAUGCUGAAAGAGUACUUUGGCGAUCCUGCAUAUACAGCUUCAGCAUUUAGAAAUCUCUGGCUACACACGGGCGACCUAGCCAAGGUAGACGAACAUGGCAAUAUGUACUUUGUCGGCCGAGACAAAGAUGUUGUGCGCCGACGCGGCGAAAAUGUCAACGCCAAAGAAGUGGAGGAUGAGUUCUUUUGUCACCCAGACGUCGUCGCAGCAGCAUAUGGCGUGCCAUCACAGCUGGGUCCGGGCACAGAGGACGACCUCAAGUUAGCUGUGCAGCUCCAUCCAGGAAGCACAGUAACAGAGAAGGAGCUUUGGCAAUGGUCGGUUGCGCGUGUAGCUCGAUUUCAGGUGCCAAGCGUGAUAGAGAUUGUACAGGAUAUUAAAAGGACACCAACAGGGAAAUUGGAUAAAAGCGCUAUACCCUUAGUAGGUGGCAAGUGGUUUGACAUGAGGAAGCACUAA